ACUGAAACUAAAGUAAACCGGACCGAGAUGGAGGAGCAGAUCAAACAACUCCAACUGAAGCACGAUAAGAGCUUCAGCCUCUGCCCCGCAAGUGCACAGCUGUGCGUGCACGUGUGUGCUUCCGUGCACUAGUGUGUCCAAGUGAGGAAAGGGGGAGGGGCAAGGAGACAGAGGAAGGAGGAGAGACGAGGGAGAGCCUCCUGCAGCUGCCUCCUCCUCUCCCGCCGUCCAACUUGUCAUCUAUCUCUCUUCCCUCCAUCCAUCCACCUUCCCGUCGUCCUUCGGUGUCUCCUCCUCCACUGCUGCUUCAUGAGCGGUCCGGAGGAGGAUGCUAAAGUUCCGGGUGGACAGAAGAGUCAGCCAGCAUGAGCCCAGUGGACCUGCUGGACAAGAACUGAGCCCCAUUCAGCUGCAGAGGCUUUCAGCAGCAGCACAUCCUGACCUACAUGACGUGGGUUUGGACAUGAACGGAAAAGUCAUUACUGCUGCAUCAAGGAUCAGUCACUCCAAAAGUGCCAGUAUGGUUUCAGAGGAGUCUGCAGGUUCCCAGUCUUGGAUGUCUCGUACUCCCAAAAAGGCAGCUACUUUUGGAAAACGCUCCAACUCUCUGCGCAGGAAUCCCACCGCAGUGGUCACCAAGCAGGGCUGGCUGUACAAGCAGGCCAGCAGUGGAGUGAAAGGGUGGAACAAACGCUGGUUUGUUCUCACCGACAGAUGUCUCUUCUACUAUAAAGAUGAGAAGGAAGACACGGUCCUGGGCAGUUUGCCUCUGCUAAGUUUUCGGAUCAGACGAGUGGAGUCUUCAGACAACAUCACCCGCAAGUUUGCUUUUAAGGUCUGGUCCGAUAAAGAGGAGGAGGGUGACGAUGGGGAGCUGAAUGCAGCUGCUGUGUCUUGCAUGCAGGCGAAGCACGCCGGCACCAGGACAUACUUUUUCAGUGCGGACAGCCAUGAGGAUCAGGAGGCUUGGAUCCGAGCCAUGAGCGAAGCUGCAGACGUCAUCGACCCCCCCACUCAGAGAACAAAGCCAGAACCUGCAGAAAACCCAAAGCCGGUUUUGGAGCCACAAACACAGAACUCAGCUGACAGUGAACCGGUUCCCCCUACAAAGAUGAAUGGAGUCAGCAGUCCGGAGUCAACACCGACCAACCGGGAGGGGCAGAGGUGUGACCAAGGACAAAAACAAGAAGGAGAAGCAGGCGGUGAUGAUGGAGGAGCACCUUCUCAAAGAGCAGUCUCCAAUCACCAUCCGCAACGAAGGGCCACUCCUGCUCCAGCCAGUACAAAUAAUCAGACCAACAGAAUCAAUCCUGCCCCAUCAAGAGCACACAGUGGACAGCAGGGACUCCCAGAGGGUGGCCCACCACAUGAUCCUAAAGAUCAGCAGGAGAACGUGGUGCUUCGGAGAGGCUUUGGGAAUCGGACAGCACCAGAACGGGAGGCACAAAGGAAGAGCUCCAUGGCCCAGCUGCAGCAGUGGGUCAACCAGCGUCGGACUGGGUCGUCACAGGACGACAUCAGCAGUCCAUCCCAUUAUUACUCAGUGAACAGGGGAAUGCCCAUGGACCAUUACAGGCACUCAAUGGGUUCCCAGUUUUUGGAUGAGUACCCCCUCUACUCAGCGGGUCUGCGCCCAGAAAGUAUCUGCUCCGUCUCUGCUGUGGGAGCCUACGACCGACACUGGACUCUGGAGCGACGCUCACUGAGGGACGGUCCACCUCUCCCCAGAGACUCCUGGGGUCCACAGCAGUACGCUGGAAUGGAGAAGUCUAUGAGGCGACUUUCCAUUCAGCCACGCUCUCGGUCCGUGCCAAGGUCUCCGUCCCUGUCAUCGGGUGGUCCUUACUCGCCGGUGCCACCUAACUUUGCCUCUCCAGCCCGAUCGCCGUCUGUGCAUUUUGAGCGUUUUCCAGGCAGGAGGGAGGAUGUGAUCUACGCUGACCCAUUUUCCUACAGCCUGAGAAGGUCCAUCAGCUCCCCCAAGUAUGUGUACCCUGGUGAAAGGCGAUCCUUCAGUCAAGGGGUAUACCACCACAACUACCCUAUGUCCCCUUCCCUCCACAUGAAAACGGAGGACAUGCUGGACCUUCAGCUUCAGCGCAACCUGGACUACCUGGACCAGCAGGUUCCUCCGUUCCAUGACAUCUACAGCAGAGAACUUCAUCCGACACUGAAACUCAAUGAGAUUGAAACAAGUAAACUUCUGGGCCGGCUGUGUGAGCAAAGACGGAUGCUGAAAGACCAGGAGGCCUUGGUGCACAGGUUACGCAUGGAUAAGGACAACCUUGAGGAGGAGCUAGUGGCGGUUCAUCAGGAGAUGGAGCUCUACCACAACCAACCAAUAAUUAUGGAGAAGCUCCAGUUCAAAAAAGAGGCUUGGCAGAACCAGCUCAUCAACUUGAGAGGAGAACUCUCCCAAGCCUCCAGUGCUUUGACCACAAUGCGCAUGGAGUUUGAAGCUUUAGAAGAUGAAGCCCACGCCAUCCAUGGAGACUUAUGGGAACAACUGAAUGCUGGAGGACAGAGUGAACUUGUUCGAAGACACAUCCAGAAAGAGUUUUGGCGAGUCCAGGAUGUCCUAGAGGGACUACACAAAAACCACUCAUCCAGAGGCACUGACACAGCCAAGCACAGAGUGGCCAGCGGUGCAUCUGGUUCCUUUAGCACCAAUAGUCCUGCCAGUCCCCUGAGCUCAGUAAGCCUAUCCAGUCCACUCAGCCCCUUCUCCCCAGUGCAAGGUUGCCAGGCCUCCCCCACCAAACAACUGGGCCCGGAGGAAAGUGUUCCCCCAAGACCUCCUCUGCCCAAGUCCUAUUACCCCAUGGAGUCCUCCCUUACCUUCCCUCCCUCUGUCCCUCCCCUACCUCUUGACAGCACCGCUUGGCUGCACAGCUUGGGCUUGGAUGAAAGUUACCUUGACCAUGAAGACUCUCACAUCAGACAGGGCAGGACAGGCGAACAGAGCAGUCUGAGAGAUGUUCAGGACCAGGUUCAGGACAAACAAUCCACAAACAAAGUUGGUAUCGUUCCUCCAAGAACUAAGUCUCCCACUGAAGAAGCCCACAGAAAUGGUGCUGAAGCGUCCCGACACAUAUCCAAGGACCGCCCAAAGAGUGCAGUGUUUCCUGCAGAGUUGAGGUCCAAGAUGAGCCUAGAGGAGCAAAAUGAGCGAAUUCGUCGUAACCAGAGCAGCUCCAUGAGAGACAAGAGGCGGAGCCUUAAUCUGUCUGCUGGCCCGCUUCCACCUAACUUCAAAGUGGUCCGAAGGCGAGUAACAGCUCAUGAAAUUGACAUUAAGGACCUGGAGGCAGCAGUUCGCGAUGACAACCAAGAGUCUCCAUGGGAGGAGAUUGCUCGGCUCAGGCGGUUGCAGAAUGACGCGUUGCAUGACAGCAGAGAGAUGACAGCUCAAGACCAACCCAUGAUCCCUGAGGGCCUCCUGGAUCCAGAGAACGACACUCCUCUGAGUCCAGAGGAGCAGAAAGAGAAGCAGAAGAAGCUGGAUCGGAUCAAGACUCUCAUAGCCAAAUCAAACCUGCAGAACGUGGUUCCGGUUCUGGAUGGUCCAGUGGAGGGUGGAGCCUCAGCCAGCUCACAGCACCAGCUACUGGAACAGGAGAAGCGGAUUGAGAUUACGUGUGCUCUGGCUGCUGAGGCUUCUCGUCGUAGCCGUCUUCUGUCUGCCCAGUGUGCCUCCAGCCCCCCCACGUCACCGAGCAGCCUGGUUCCUCCCCAUCCUCCAGUGACUUCUUUAACCCUGCACACAUCCUGAAAGUGUAAGACGCACAGCUCUGGCAGCGGUGAAGUUCGAUGGAGCAUCUUUUUGAGGAUUCACAGGAGCAACAUAAUGGGAAGAAGCAUUCAAAGUCAUUGGAGGCAAGGCAAGGGAAUGCGCCCCCACACCCUGAGGAUCUAACCCAUGUAGCACAAAGGCUUCAGAACUCAUCCUGCCAACUUGUGUCAUCAUCUUUAAUUUAGCUCAGGAUAAAUUCUUCUGAACCUGCUGACGCUGAAAUCUUUUACAUCGUCAAACUGUGAGUUUACCGUCGGCUGCGUUUGACAUGCUCUAAAACGGUGGCGUGUGACUCCAAAGGCUUACAGCGGAAGGGGAGCCCCAACUGUUUACUUCUGCGUUUGGGUCCGAGAGGAAACUUCAGCUUCAACGUCCGCGUGCCUGAAAGUGUGGAGAAAGAAACCUCCAAAAGAAAAAAAAAACAAACCCUGCUGAACAAUGUGACACGGUGGGGCAGAUCACUGCCUCUGAUAUUGUCUUUGAAACAGCACGCCCCAUAUCAAAAAUCACACUGGAGUGAGCAGGAGCCUUCCUCACAUCUGUGGAUUUCACUGAAGCUCUGCAAAGCUGGACUGGAGGGUCCUGGAUCGUCUGCAGGGCUGGUCCAGCAGCUGACUCAGAUCAUGCAGUUUCUGCCAGUCACAGAAGCUGCAUAAUCUCUUUACAAACGUUGCUAUGUUGGAGUUUUUGCUUUGAAAACCAUUGUUGUAUGAUAUUUUGAUAAGCCAUAGAUAAACACUGGUCAUCUCUCAUUUAGUCAUUUAAAAAGUAAGUAUGUCUUUCUUUAUAACCUGUUGUUUUGUGAGAAACAACUAGACGAUCUUGUGUUUCCCUUAAAACAAAGUUAACUUUUGUUAAUGUAACUCUGCUGUUUUUGCCUUGACUGAAGGACAAAUUAUGAAGCUUUUUUCAUCUCGCAGCAAGAAAGUCAAGUGUUAGUUACCACGACAACUUCAUUUGCUUUUGUUUGUCCCGAUACAGACUGCACAUCUUAAGCAUCUCUACUGUCUUAUAGAUGAAAAGGUUGCUCUUUAAGCAUUCAACCUUUUUUUUUGUGGUUAAGUCUGACUUCAAGCAUCACAGACACCAGCUUUGUUCUCAGAUAUUACAGAAAAGCAGUCAGUAGCUCCUGUCACUCCUCUGCAGGUAAGUAAAGCCUCAAAUAUAGCUCCAGAGACAAAUUUCAGUCCAGCUGCAGAUACAAACACAUUCAUGUCAGACAUUUGGGGUGUCACAUGGUGCCUGUUCCAGAUGCUUCCAAGUGUUGAUGCUUGUCACACAACCAAACAUGAAGGUAGCUGACCCUGAAGGCAUGGGAUUGAGGCAGGUGCCUGUUAAGAAAAAGCUGUUUUUUCUUUUAAAGCCUCAUCUUUUUAUCUCCAGCCAUUUAGUUUAAACAGAAGCUUCACAUUAAUUUAAAUUGCCCUAAAAAGACACAACUAAAAAUUUCACACAGCUGUAACUCACAAGCCAAACAGAUAUUAGGCGCAGUCGGAGAGUUUCGCCAGUCGCUUUUUGUAAAAGUCAGGGUUGUACCAUGUAAACUGUGCUGACACAAAGAUUUACCAUAUUCUGAGUUAACCUUUUAAGAAAAUAUAUCAUCUGCACAAAAUAAUCCAAGAUCCUAAAAUGCAAAAAUAAGGACUUAAUGGGAAUCAUUUUUGUUUUUCCUGUUUUAAAGCACUUUCUUUAAAGGAAGGUAAUACUUUUAAAGGAAUCAGUUUAUUUGUUAUGUGGUUGAUAAUUAUGUUAAUAUUCUGGAGUAUUUUUUAAAAGCAAAAAUUUAUUUGUCUUUUUAAUUGUUCUUAAAUAUCUUCGGUAGCAGUUAAUAUAACUCAUUGGACGGAUGUAUGGAUGAAUGGAUAGAUAGACAAAUGGAUUGAUGGAAGUAUAUAUUAAUAGAUAGAUAAAUUGUUGGGUGAUGAUUGAAUGAUGGAUGGAUGACAAAGGUUUCAUUUGAUUUAAGGCAGCCUUCUGGUGUUCAGGAUCUGACUUAGACGUAGCUUUUGUACGUGAUUAAAGAAGAUUUCUCUUCAUUGACUUUAGUACUUGUCAAUAAUUUUUGCCUUUACUCACUCUGUUAUCAGUUGGGUUUAUUGUUGGACUAUGCAAGAUUUGCUUGCUGUCAGAAAACUGCAAUAAAGUGAAUGUAUGAAUUUAAUGAGAUGUUAAUGAGUCAGGUCUGCGUUUUUGAGUCAGUCUGAAGGAUUGCGCACCACUGACCAUUUUAAGUUUGUUAAUGAUUGAGCUCCUUGCUGGACGUGCAGCUGAGAAAGACAUUGAAUCCAUCAGUUUUGAUGCUCUCCACUUUUCUUUUCUUUAAAAAUGUGGAAACCACAAAGUAAAAAGACACAUUAAACGCUACCUCGUCAAAAAUUGACAUCAACAUGGCACCAUCAAAAUCCUCAUUGUUUACCUCCAACGCUUCUCUACAUGCAGUAAUAAGGUCAGCAGCGCCGUCCAGUGGGAAAAAAAACAGCAGAACUUGCUGAGUUUUUUAUGCAAGUAGGUGGUUUGAUCAUGAAAAUAGCUAUUUUUCACGUGAGUCCACGUGGAAACAUUGUUCACCUAUUCUUGCAUGCAAAUUGCUUUGGAAAGGUUAAAAAAUACGUGCACACCCUGUGGUUUUAGGGACCAAAGAGGGGUUAUUGUACAUUUGAAUACGACUCUUGUUAUGCAGGCUCAAAGCCCUUCAGUAAAAACAGUUUACUGCACGAACAUUUUAGUGAAUAAAAUUCUAGUAUGUUGUUUGUCCAAGUUAUAGGCUUUGUCUUUUUGUAUGUGAUCUACAGAGUUUUGCAAACUCGGCUUAAGCGCUAUCUGUUUUUAACAACAUAUCUUUGAAUAAAUUGAAGCCUUGUUGCUGCUGCACCCA